AUGGCUUCCUCUUGUUGCUGGAGAUGUGUGUCCCAGAUACGCUCAGUAUACCCGUCUCGAGCACUCUCACUACCGGCGCUCUCUCAACAGUCGACUCUUCUCCGUACACUACCUACAUCCUCGUCAUUCCAUACUAGCGCAGCUCUCAAUGCCGCACCAGCUAAGAAAGGGAAGAACCAGAAUCCCGGACCGAAAUUCCGUGAAUCACGAAGUACACGAACGUUGAAGAAGGGGAAGGCAGGCAGGCCGGCUCGACGAAGCCCGGACGAGCGAAGGGCUCUAAGCCAUCGAAUUGUGCUAAGUAACAACAAUGCGCUCGAAGUUACCGGUCUACAAGAGCUUAGCGUGGCGAAUUUGAGCGAUCCAGAGCUUAGGACUCAAGUAGUGGGUUUGCCAAUGAAUCUGGUUGACAGAUUGAGGGCUGUUGAGGCCUUCAGGAGGAGCCAGGGAUGGAGUUUGUUCAGACGGCCCUGCACUGUGGUUAGGAAAGAAACUGUUGAACUAGGCAGGUUGAUUGAGCAUAUCAAUGAUAAGGAAAAGGGCGCGGAAGCUGUCAUGAAAAUUGUCACAGGCGGUAGAGGCACAGGGAAGAGUGUUCACCUGCUGCACGCUACUACAAUGGCCUUUUUGAAGAACUGGGUAGUGGUCACAAUUCCAGACGCCUGGGAUAUUGUCAACGGCACAACGGCCUAUGCUCCAGUCCCUAACUCAAACCCAGUCAAAUAUUUCCAGAAAAAUGCCACUGCCGAAUUGCUCAAGCGCAUAGCCGAGGGAAACAAGGAAGUUCUCUCAAAACUGCACAUUUCCCGAUCACACCCUAACGUCAAGGACUCUGGGAUUUCUCUCUUCGAGAUGGCAAACAUCGGUAUCCAGCAACCGGACCUCUCAUGGUCGAUAUUCCGCUCUCUCUGGUCUGAGCUUACUGCCACGGGACCAGCAAUGGACACGAAUGCAGCUAAGGGAACCAAGCCAUUCACUGCUCGUCCUCCGCUUCUCGUCACAGUUGACAACCUCGCCCGCUGGAUGGCUGAGUCUAAGUACCGCAACCCAGAAUAUAAGCUCAUUCACGCUCAUGACUUUACCAUUGUCGAACAUUUCCUCUCUCUGAUGCGUAUGGAGCCCAAGAAAGCCUUGCCGAAUGGUGGUCUCGCAUUGUAUGCAACUGCUGCCUCCAACUGCAUGAGAUUGCCUUCUCUGGAACUCGGAAUCAAGCAGGUUGCUGCUCGACAGGCCGGAAUUAGCCCGUCCUCUCCUGAUUACCCUGUUAUGUACGGCAAGCUGGACGACCGUGUGGUCUCGCUGUUCUCUCAGGCCAAGGAGAUGGGUUAUAUUGAGCUCUCUGGCCUGGGCAAAGACGAAGCUGCUGGCCUCUUGCAGUACUAUGCAAAGAGCGGUCUGCUGAGAGACCGUGUUGACGGACGGUUGGUCGGUGAGAAAUGGUCCCUGUCCUCUGGCGGUAUUGUUGGUGAGCUGGAGCUUCUCGGCCGCCGUCUACGAGCUCUACCUCUUACUGUCAAGGAACAGUAG